GAUUCUCUCUGCCUGCCUCUCCUCAGACUGACGAUGGCUGAAGCCCUGUUGUUUGUAUCACAGGAUGAGUUCACCUGCUCGGUGUGUCUGGACACCCUGACUGACCCUGUGUCACUGCAUUGUGGUCACAGUUUUUGUCUGAAGUGCCUCACGGACUGCUGGGAUCAGAGCCAAGAGUGCACCUGUCCUCAGUGCAGAGAAAACUUCAGCACAAGGCCUGCUUUGCAAAGAAACACUCUGCUGAAUGAAGUCAUCAAGAAAUUAAAAAAGAUGUCACUCAGUCCUCCUCCAUCAAAUAAUUUUGCCAGCCCUGGAGAUGUGGAAUGUGACUUCUGUACUGGGAAGAAGUUCAGAGCGGUGAAGUCCUGUCUAACCUGCAUGGCCUCUUUCUGUCAGACUCACCUGCGGCCUCACUAUGAAGGCAAUGCCUGGAAGGGACACAAGCUGGUUGAUCCUGAUAGAAAUCUGAAGGAGAAACUCUGUGAGAAACAUCAGAAAUGUCUGGAAGUAUUUUGUAAAACUGAUGAGACGUGUAUCUGCGUGAUGUGUGGAGUGACUGAACAUAACAGUCAUAAAAUGGUCGAGCUGGAGACAGAAAGAGAAGAAAAAGAGAAACAGACACUGAGUGACAUCAAGAGGAGACUUGAGGAGAGAGAGAAGACACUGAAGGAGACGAGGAGGAAGACGGAGGAGAUGAAGGUGAGUAGAAUAGGAAGACAACACUUCAUAUCAAAGAGAUUGGCCAGGAUGACUAGCUGGCCAUAUUCCACAAUCUCUUUACAAAGAGAGGUGGAAAAAAAUGAGAAGAGCUUCAUUGCUCUGAUACGGUGCAUUGAGGAAUCCCAAAGGAAACUGACUGAGAGGAUCAAAGAACAUGAAAAGAGUGAAAUGGAGAAGGCUGAAGGAGUCAUGGAGCAACUGGAGAAGGAGAUCGAGGAGCUGAAGAGGAGAGAAGAUGAGCUGAAGGAGCUUUCAGAGACCAAGGACCAUCUCCACUUCCUGCAGACUUUCUCAUCUCGCUGUGUCCUUCCUGCUGAUGGAGACUCGCUGAGCUUCACUGUUACCACAGAUUUCUCAUCUGAGAACCUGAGAAAGGAGCUGUCAGGUCUGACAAAGAGUCUGGAGAAGAUCAGCCUGUGGGUCAUCAUGACAAGGACUCCAUCAGCUCAUGAAGCUCCAGUUUUCGCCCUCCAGCCUUUGUGCUCAGCCCCCAGUCCCGUUACACACUCCCAGAUUUCCUCACUCGUUUUCUUUUCUUUCCUUUCAGACUUCUGUCCCCUCACACUGGACAUCAACACGGCACACAGAGACCUCUGUCUGUCUGAAGGGAACAAGAAGGUUAGAUAUGGGAGGACAAAAGCUGAAUAUCCUGAUCAUCCUGACAGAUUUGACCACUUUGCCCAAGUUCUGUGCAGAGAGGCUCUGACUGGGACUCGCUGUUACUGGGAGGUGGAGUGCAGUGGAGAUGACAUGCAGAUUGGAGUCGCAUAUAAAGGACUGAGCAGGAAAGGAGAGUACUGGAAGUGUGGCCUUGGAUACAACUGCAAGUCCUGGAGUUUGCGGUGGUCUGAUUCCCAGUACUCUGUGUGUCACAAUAACAAGCAGACUGUAAUCAGUGCCCCCUACAGCCCCAGAGUAGGUGUGUAUCUGGACUGGCCUGUUGGCUCUCUGUCAUUUUAUAGCGUCUCACACACAAUGACCCUCCUGCACAGGUUCAACACUUCCUUCACUGAGCCCCUCCAUCCAGGGUUUAGUCUUCAUUAUAACUCCAGUGUAACAAUCACCCAUCUGAAACCAUGAGUCCACUGAUUAGUACCCUCCACUGGUCACUUGUUAUCCCCACAACCUUAGGUGUCUUUGUGUUUGUAUUAUGGGGUCAAAAUGAAUUUUACAGGAUGACUGGGAGGGUAGCACCUCUGUGAGUUAAUUUCUGGAUGAGAAUGCAGGGCGAGUGCGGCUACCAGGGUCUCCAUUAUUAUUGGGUUUGAGUAGCCAAUCAGGUGUGUGUGUCAUAAUGAGGGGCGGUGACACCUUAGACCUACAAAUACCAGUCUGACCAGCAGGGGUCACUAUUUAUUCACGGUCACAUGUCCUUGAGAUUGACUACCCAACUGCUGUGUCCUCUGAGUGUCACUGAAUGUCACCUGUUAAGUCAGUCUAUAUAGCGCCUUUCAGUAGUGCUGCUCCAGCAGGACCACAUGCCUGUCUCAGUAUCAAGAUCCUCAAUCCAGUGAAUAGUUAGGAGCACAGAAUUGCAAAAGUGACUGGAGUGCUGGGCUCUGAACAGACAUUGUCUGUCCCUCUAUUAGUUACUCCGGUGGUCUGUCACCUCUGAAUAAAUUCACUGUGAAUGUCUAAAGACGAGGACUUACCGCUCAGUCCCGUGUCGGCCAUAUGAUCGAAUACAUUUUUCUUUAAUAUUUUAUGUCACUCUCCUGAACAACACUUUUAAAGUCUCCAUUCACAUGUGCAUGCUAAGUUUGGCACACAGGGGCUCAGCAUUUUGAAUUGCCAACCAAGCAUAGACUAGA